CAUGAUGACCUUGUCGGCGUUCCCUAUGGGUCCAAGGUUGGCUCGCGCAACGGCAAGGGCUUCAUCCACGUCCUCCGCCCGACGCCCGAGCUCUGGACUCUCGCGCUCCCUCACCGCAUGCAAAUCCUCUACCUCGCGGACAUUGCGUUCGUCACCUCGUGGCUGAAUAUCAAGCCCGGUAGCAAAGUUAUCGAAGCUGGCACGGGCUCCGGCUCGUUCUCCCACUCCGUCACCCGCACUGUCGGGCCCACCGGCCAUCUCUGGUCAUAUGAAUUCCACGAAGCGCGCACCACCAAGGCCAGGGAAGAGUUCUCGCGUCACGGCAUGGACGCGACAGUCACGCUUACCCACCACAACGUAUGCAAGGAUGGCUUCACCGUAAGCGACGUCGUUGACUCAGUCUUUUUGGACCUCCCCGCACCAUGGGACGCUGUCGACCAUGCCAAAAAGGCCUUGAGGGUGCACUGCGUGACACGGAUAUGUUGUUUCAGCCCGUGCAUGGAGCAAGUCCUCCGGACGGUCAACGCGCUCAACGACGCCGGCUUCACGGGUAUCGUGCCUCCCCCACCUCUUCCCUCUUUGUUUUGA